UCUCAAAUUUUCGGCUACCUUUCCCGUGUCACUUUACAAGAAUUCUCUGUUCAGAAAAAUGCUUCGCUUCUUCUCUCUGUUUCCUUCUGUCAUCCACUCACUGUAAAUCUUUUCUUUCCUUGAAUACGUCUUCAAGCACGUACAAAUUAUACAGCAAUGGAUAUCAAAUGUCUCCAUUUUCUCUCUCUAACUCUCUCUCUCUUCUUUGUCUCAAGAGCUGCUUUUACACCCGAAGAUAAUUACCUCAUCAACUGUGGAUCCAGCACAAGUAAUGUUGCAAUUGAUAAUCGAAAUUUUUUUGGGGAUUCAUCAAAGAAUGGGAAAAAUUAUCUGUCGGAAGGUAAAUCAACUUCUCUCACAAAUCCAAACCCAACUUUCAAUUCUUCUGAACUUUACAUGACAGCUAGAGUUUUUACUUCUGCUUCGAGCUAUGUAUUCAACCUCAAGAAAACUGGGACCCAUUUUGUACGUCUCCAUUUUUCUCCAUUCAGUUCUCAGAAUUAUGACCUCCAUAAUGCAAAUUUUGGGGUUUCAGCAAAUGGGUUUACUCUUUUGAGUGACUUCGUUACUAAAUUUACUGUGAUUAAGGAGUUUAUUUUGAUGGUAGAUAAAUUAGAGCUUAAAAUUCUGUUCAUGCCGGUUAAUGAUUCCGGUUUUGCAUUUGUGAAUGGAAUUGAAGUGUUUUCUGCACCCAAAGAUUUCCUUAUCGAUGCUGGUGGGAUACCAUUGAUUAGCCCUACUGGAACUCAAGAAUUCAAGAAGAAUAUAUCUUUGCAAAUUUUAGAAACUGUUUAUAGGAUUAAUGUUGGAGGAUCAAAAUUAACCCCUUUUAAUGACACCCUUUGGAGAAGUUGGGUUCCAGAUGAAGAUUUUCUUGUGUUGAAAUCUGCAGCUAAGUUUGCGAGGACAAGUGAUCCACCCAAUUACCAACGGGGUGGGGCAACUCGAGAAAUCGCCCCGGAUAAUGUAUACAUGACUGCACAGCAAAUGAAUGUUGAAAAUGGAACUUCGAAUUUUAUGUUCAAUGUAACGUGGGACUUCCCGGUGAGAUCUUCUGUGGAUAAUAUGCAUCUUGUUCGAUUGCAUUUCUGUGAUAUUGUUAGUGCUUCUCUUAACACAUUGUACUUCAAUGUAUAUGUCAAUGGGAUCACUGCCUAUAAAGAUCUUGAUUUGUCUGUGCUGGCAUUUCACGUGCUCGCAUCGCCUUAUUAUAUUGAUUUCGUUGCGAUAAAUGCAGAUAAUUCGAAUUCUAUUCGGAUUAGUAUUGGUCCUUCUGAAAUGAGUAAUUCUUUGAGGAAGAAUGCUAUUUUGAAUGGGGUUGAGAUCAUGAAAAUAGUGAAUUCUACGACUUUCCCUCGGAAAUCUAAGAAGAUAAGUCUUUGGAUUUUGGUAGUUUCGGUUGUUGGAGGGAUUUUUGCAUUGAGUGUAGCUAUUUUUACAGUUCUAGCUAUACUGAAAUGCAAAAAGAGAGAACCAAAACCUAAACCAAGACAUAUGGAAAGUUCGGGAUGGACUCCUUUGCGUGUGUAUGGAGUCAGCACCCAGGGCACAUUAUCUGAAGCAACUGCCUUUUCUCCGGGUGCAAAUGGAUAUUACGCUUUAAAGAUUCCAUUCAUUGAUAUACAGUUGGCAACGAAUAACUUCGACAAGGAUAUGAUAAUUGGCUCUGGUGGAUUUGGCACAGUUUACAAAGGGGUUUUUCGAGAUAAUGCAAAGGUUGCUGUGAAACGAGGUAUACCAGGUUCCAGACAGGGACUGCCUGAAUUCCAAACUGAAAUAGCUGUUUUAUCUAAAAUUCGCCAUCGGCAUCUCGUUUCACUUGUUGGCUAUUGUGAAGAGCAAUCUGAAAUGAUACUUGUUUAUGAAUACAUGGAGAAAGGGACUCUGAGGAGUCAUUUGUAUGGUUCAGCAGUAACACCUUUGUCUUGGAAGCAAAGGCUUGAAAUAUGCAUUGGUGCUGCUAGAGGUAUUCACUAUCUUCAUACGGGUUCAACACGAGGAAUCAUCCAUCGGGAUAUAAAGUCGACUAACAUUUUGCUUGAUGAAAACUAUGUUGCUAAGGUUGCAGAUUUUGGUCUUUCAAGAUCUGGCCCGUGUCUUAACGAGACUCAUGUAAGCACAGCUCUUAAAGGAAGCUUUGGAUACAUUGAUCCAGAAUAUUUUCGGAGGCAGCAGCUUACUGACAAAUCCGAUGUUUAUUCAUUUGGGGUCGUGCUUUGUGAAGUUCUAUGUGCUAGAUCUGCUGUAGAUCCAUUGCUUGACCGAGAGCAGGUGAAUCUGGCUGAAUGGGCUGUAGAAUGGCUAAGAAAGGGGAUGAUUGAGAAAAUUGUUGAUCCUCAUCUCAGAGGUCAGAUAAAACCAAGUUCUCUGAGAAAAUUCGUUGAAACUGCUGAGAAAUGUUUGGCUGAAUAUGGUGUUGACAGGCCAACUAUGGGUGAUGUCCUGUGGAAUUUGGAAAAUGCUCUUCAGCUUCAAGUAAAUGAAGGGCCGCAAAAACUUCAUGAGGAAACAAUUGUUGCUUCUGACGAUCUCACUAGGCCUAGUGUCAUUCCGGGAGAUACCUCAAGCAGUCCCAAGGUGAGAGAAGAUGGCGAUGUUGGCGCUUCAGAUAUAACCACGAGCCAAGUUUUUUCCCAGUUAAUAAACCGUGAAGGUAGAUAGAUCAAGAAUCAUGCAGCAGAAGAAAUAGUUUCCAUUAUAAUUUGCUUCUAAGUUGCUUGCUCUUAUAUUCUCAGCUGUUAUUAUUCGUUUGACACGUUUUUGCUAGAAUUGACGAGAUGUAGAAUGUACAAGUUGGAAAACAAAAUAUCUUCUUGUACUACUUAAAAUUUAGCAUUUCUUUCUAUUGUACUGUAUAUAUUUGCUGUAUACCUCAGUGGUUCAAAAUUUUUAGGAAUGUUAAAAUCUCUCUGAAAA